CUCUAUGGGGCGGGCCGCCCACGCUGAGCGCUCUCUGCCCCUAGGUCUGGCUGCCGCAGGAGGCCCCGCCACGGCGGGCGGUGGAAAGUUUUGCAGCCGACGGACGGAGCCGGAGCCGGAGCCGGAGCCGCCCGCUGCUGGCUGCGCUGCGCUGCCCGGGAGCGGAGCCCGCCGGCCGGCCAUGGGGCUCGGCCUCUCGCUCUCCCUGCUGGCCCCGGCGCUCUGGGCCCUGCUGCUGCUCUCGGCCUCCGAGGAGACGGUGCCGCGGGUCAGCCUGCACUACGGCUCCUCCGAGAGACCCGUUUGGUGGUUUGAGAAGGACGGAGUCACCAACUACACAACCCUGCUGCUGAGCCCGGACGGGGCAACCUUGUAUGUGGGGGCGCGCGAGUUCCUCUUCGCCCUCAACACCAGCCACUUCCAGCCUGGCCCGCAGCACCAGCUCCUGCCCUGGAGCGCGGACAAGGAGAGGAAGAAGCAGUGUGCAUUCAAGGGCAAGGACCCCCAGAGGGACUGUCACAACUACAUCAAGAUCCUGCUGCAGCUGAACAGCACCCACCUAUAUGCCUGCGGGACCGGUGCCUUCAGCCCCGUGUGCACCUACCUCAACGUGCAGAACUUCAGCCAGGCAAGGGAGCUGCUGGAGGAUGGGAAAGGCCGCUGCCCCUUCGACCCUGAAUACAAAUCCACGGCCAUCAUGGUCGAUGGUGAGCUCUACGCUGGGACCGUCAGUGACUUCCAGGGCAAGGAGCCGACCAUCUACCGGAGCCAGGAGAGCCGCAUCUCCCUCAAGACCGAGAACUCCCUCCACUGGCUGCACGACCCAGCCUUCGUAGGCUCAGCCUACCUGCGGGAGAGCCUGCCGCCUGGCAACUCUGAGGGGGACGAUGACAAGGUGUACUUCUUCUUCAGCGAGACUGGCAAGGAGUUUGACUUCUUCGAGAACACCAUCGUGUCGCGGAUUGCCCGCGUGUGCAAGGGGGACCUGGGCGGGGAGCGGGUGCUGCAGCGGAGGUGGACCACAUUCCUCAAGGCCCAGCUCCUGUGCUCGCGGCCCGACGACGGGUUCCCCUUCAACGUGCUGCAGGACAUGUUCGUGCUCACGCCGGAUGAGCAGCGCUGGAGGGACACGGUCUUCUAUGGCGUCUUCACCUCCCAGUGGAACAAAGGGGGCCCGGGCAGCUCGGCCGUAUGUGCCUUUGCCAUGCGUGAUGUGCAGAAGGCCUUCGGUGGACUCUACAAGGAGGUGAACCGUGAGACGCAGCAAUGGUACACGGACACCAGCCAUCCGCCAGAGCCCCGGCCCGGAGCGUGCAUCACCAGCCGCACGCGGCACAUGAAAAUCAACUCGUCUCUCCAGAUGCCGGACCGCGUGCUGAAUUUCAUCAAGGACCAUUUCCUGAUGGACGGCGCCAUCCGGAGCCAGCCGCUCCUGCUGCAGGGCCGUGUGCACUACCAGCAGAUCUGCGUGCAGCGCGUGCGGGGCCUGCACCACACCUACGACGUCCUCUUCCUGGGCACAGACGACGGGCGACUGCACAAGGCCGUGAGCGUGAACCAGAAAGUGCACAUCAUCGAGGAGAUCCGCCUUUUCCACGCCGGCCACCCCGUCCACAAGCUGCUGCUGGACCAGAGCCAGGGCCUGCUUUAUGCUGCCUCUUACUCCGCCGUGGCCCAGGUGCCCGUCUCCAACUGCAGCCUGUACAGGAGCUGUGGGGAAUGCGUCCUGUCCCGGGACCCCUACUGCGCCUGGAGCGGGGACGCGUGCCGCAGCGUCGCCCAGUACCACCUGCAGCUGUCGCUGCACCCCCGACCCUGGGCCCAGGAUAUUGAAGACGCUGACACAGAGAGGCUCUGCCAAGCAGCCAACGUGUCCCUGCCCAUCCCCCCCCUUCUCCGAUCCCCAGCAGAGGGACCGCAGUGUCAGCAGAUCCGGCUCCUGCCCAACGCGGUCAGGCCCCUGCCGUGCCGGCUUCUGUCCAACUUGGCCUCGCGGCUGUGGGUGCACAAUGGGACCCAGAUCAACUCCUCCUACCUGGUGCUGCCGGAUGGAGCCCUCAUCCUGGUGGGCAGCCUAGAGCGGCUGGGCACCUACGAGUGCUGGUCGCUGGAGGAGGGCUUCCAGAAGCUGAUGGCGAGCUACUGCGUGGGUGUGGAGGAGCUGUCGCCGGCGCUGCACGGGCCCCCGGACGCCGCGGGCAGGCGCCUGCCUGGCCAGGACGCCAUGGAGACCAUCAGCACCUCCCGCAGCACCUCUGCCGUGGGCGGUGUCUCCUCCCGGCAGGACGGCAGGAGCUACUGGCCCGAGUUCCUGGUCAUGUGCGCGCUGUUCGGGGCCGCGCUGCUGCUGCUGGCUCUCUUGGUGCUCUGCCGGCACCGGGACAGCAUGAAGGCCUUCCUCAAGCCGGGCGAGUGCCCCGGCGGGGGCCACCGGAAGGUGGGGCUGCCCGUCGAGAGCCUGCCCCUCAACGGCAGCAGCCUGCCCAGCACGGCACCCGACCACAAGGGCUACCAGGCCCUGACCGACAGCUACAUCAGCACCCCCCCGCACGCGCCCCCGGGCGCCAGCUCGGCCUUCUCCCACUCCGAGAAGAGGCCUCUCAGCGUCCGCGAGAGCUUUGUGGAGGUCUCUCCAGCCUGCCAGAGACCCCGGGUGCGGCUGGGCUCUGAAAUUCGGGACUCUGUGGUGUGACCAGGCUGGGGGCAUGAGCUGAGCCCGUAAGCCGCACCAGCCCAGGCUGCGCUGAGCCUUCCCAGAGACCUGUGCCAUCAGGGUAGCCCCACCUCACCCUGCAGCCACCGACCCCGGCUGUAACAGUGACCUGCAAACUGCCCAGCACAACGUAGCACAUUCUCCAGCGGGGUUCUCGGGGCGGCAGAGCCCCUCCGUGUAUCUGGGAGGCACUCACGCUCCCUGGCAGCCCUUGCCCCAGCCCUGCCACCCGUGGGACAGCUCUGGCAGCCAGGGGCCGUUGCCUGGUGCAGGAGCAGGGCGUUCCAGGAAGGCCCAGGAGCUCUGGUGCUGGGAGAGGUGCAGUGGGGACCUGCGCACCUUAGUGGGGCGGACCUGGCCACGUGGGGCAUGUCUAACGCUGACACGCGUGAGCAAGCGACAGGGACCUGCUGCUGCCUGCGUGUGGAGCCCGUUCUGUGGCCAGGCAGGAGAGUUCGUCUGUGUCUCAUCCCCCUCGUUCCCCAUCCUGCUGUGACGUCCUGAGCCCUGUGCAGACAUUCACCUGGCGCCUGCCGGGAGCUGGGUCUGGGGCAUGUUCUGUGCGUUCGGGCUUUGGGUUGUUUUUACAAUGUGACAAUGUGAACUGAGCGUCCAAGCCACAGCUCCCUGGCGCCGUUGUGGGAGUGCUGUCACCAUCCCGGCUCACGGCGUUCGCGGAGGUUCUUGCACAGAAAUGAGUUGUUGUUGUCUGUCUUUUUUAUAUAAAGUCCCCGUGUGGUCUCGGUGA